CCCCACUUGUGAAAUUUUACUGGAUUGUUGUUGUUGUUGUUGUAGUUGUCAUCGAUAUAAGUUGUGAGGUUUUCUGGCUCUUUCUUGUUUGCAAAAGAACCAUCUUUGCUCUUCUUCUCACAACAGAAUUUACCCCCAUCUAGUCAUUGAAGUUAAAAGAUAUUGAGAGUGCAUGUUUGAGACUUUAGCCGAUGCAGAUCUUCAGUUGUAUUAUAUAGUUGCACUGAGUGCCAAACUACAGCAGGAUGGAAUUUCAAGAGAUUUCUGUCUCAGUUAAGAAAUCAAAACAUUUUCCUCUGACUCCUUUUAGAAUUAUAAGGGGUGUGAUAUGUUUAUUAGUUCUACUUUCAACAGCAUUCGUUUUCUUGAUCUAUUUCGUACCUGUGGCAGCUGUUCUCCUGCGCUUCUUCAGCACUCUUUAUAGUAGGAAAGUUGUAUCACUUCUCUUUGGUCUUUGGCUUGGAUUAUGGCCAUUCUUAUUUGAAAAAAUAAAUGAAACCAAUGUGAUUUUUUCUGGUGAUCAUGUCCCGCCAAAAGAACGUGUUCUGCUGAUCGCCAACCAUAAAUCUGAGGUCGAUUGGAUGUACCUGUGGAAUCUUGCAUUGAGAAAGGGAUGCUUAGGCCACAUCAAAUAUUUACUUAAGAAAAGGUUGAUAAAAUUGCCAGUCUUUGGCUGGGGAUUUUAUGUGCUAGAAUUCAUCCCAUUGAAGAGAAAUUGGGUAGUCGACGAACAGGUGAUAAGACAAAUGCUUUCGACGUUUACAAAUCCUCAGGAUCCAUUGUGGCUAACCGUUUUCCCUGAAGGAACAGAUUACACUGAGCAGAAGUGCAAAAGAAGCCAUGAUUUUGCCACCAACAAUGGAUUAUGCCUGCUUGGAAAUACUAGGAGCUCUUUGGAUGCAGUUUAUGAUGUGACUAUUGCAUAUAAAAAUCAGUGCCCAAUUUUUUUAGACAAUGCUUUUGGUGUUGAUCCGUCUGAAGUACAUAUUCAUGUUAGACGCAUUCCUCUUGAGAAAAUCCCAGAAUCUGAAAAGGAGGCUUCUGAAUGGUUAAUUGAGACAUUUCAGUUCAAAGAUAAAUUACUCUCUGAUUUCAUUGCUAAUGGUCAUUUCCCUAAUGAAGGUACAGAACAAGAACUAUCAACACCAAAAUGUUUGCUUAAUUUAAUAAUAGUAAUUACUCUUACUGGAAUAUUUAUAUUCUUUACAUAUUCAUUCAUCUGGGGAAAAUUUUAUGUAGGUUUCUCUUGUAUAUACCUUGCUUCUGCUGCUUGCUUCAAUUUUCGACCAUAUCCUAUUAUUGGUUCU